CAACUUUGUAAUUAGGUGUUUGGUUUUGUUUAAUUCAAAAAUCUCCCACCUAAUUCAUAUUUAAUGGCAACCUAACUCUAACCCUAAUCCUUCCCUAUAAAUACCACUCUAAUCCCAGCCACUUUUCCACUUUACAAACUCAAAUCUCACUCUCAAAACUCUCUCAAACUUCCUAAAUUCGCAGCUAUAAUCAGAAUUUCGGACAGAUUCAGCAAGCUUCACUAAAAAGGACUUGGUGUUCCAACUUCCUAAUCAACCAACUCACUCGCGGAUUCAAGUAGAAGACUUGCAAAACCAUGUCGUCUAGCUCCUCCAAGAGACGCAAGUCAAAGAAGGGUUCGACUUCCACCGCCAUGUCUCAAAAAGAUUGCAUGAAAUUUAUGGCCAAGCAAUUUGCUAAAGUCCUACCCGACAUCGUUAGCAAGAUUCAAACCGAUUCACCGCAUGGCUCUGUUGACUCAAAGGCAGACAAACCUAAACCGACCUUCCAGUUUAAGCAAUUCAUGGCUUGUAAACCCUUAGAAUUUACUGGCAAGAAUGGCGCUACCGCCAUGAUGAACUGGUUUGAUGCCAUCGAGCUUACCUUCUUGCAAAGUGGUUGCCCUGACGAACUAAGAACCUUGAAUGCAACUGGGGUGUUUCGUGAAAAGGCACUCGAGUGGUGGACGACCGAACGUAACAAAAGAGGAAACGAGGUCGCACAUGCUAUGCCUUGGGACGAUCUCAAACAGCUUAUGAAAGACCACUUCUGUCCUCCUCAUGAACUCCAAAAAUUGGAGAACGAAUUUUGGAACCUUACUCAGAAGGGGAGUGACAUGGAUGGCCUGAUUACGCGCUUCAAACAACUCAGUGUUCUUUGUCCUGGACAAGUCGAGACCGUUCCCAAAUCCGUAGCCAAAUUCGUCCGUUGUGUUGCACCUCCCCUGAUAAACCACCUUGCCUCUGCUAAUCCCCAAACCAUUGAAGAUGCUUUUCGUAUAGCCACGGAACUUAACAACAACUGCGUUAUCCAUGGAACCUAUGAUAAAGUUUCAACGAAGAAUGCACGCCAAGCUACCACUGAAACUACCACUGUUGAGCCCUCACCCUCACAAUCGUCCAAGAAAAACCAAGGCAAGAAGCGGAAGGCUUCGAGCCAAAAUUGUGCGGUCGUCACUCCGCCAAACCCUCAACCCUUACAAGCCUUAGCCGCCGUUGCACCCGCAAACACCGAACCACCAAAACAAGGUUAUGUUGGAACUCAUCCCAAAUGCACCACCUAUCUGUUUCAUCAUCCUGCUAACGUACCCUGUCGCAAAUGUGCCAACUGUCAAAGGUAUGGUCAUUUUGCUAACCGAUGCCGAAACUUCCCGCAAGCUUCAAAUGCCCCUGUGCGAGCAUGCUAUAAGUGCGGCGACCUCAAUCAUCUCGCCAAUGUUUGUCCCCAACGCUAUCAACCUCAACAACAGCAGCAACUACAGCAACCGCAACAACCACCACAUCAGCAACAACAAGCUCAGCAACCUGCUAGAGGCCGAGCUUUUUCCAUCACCGCUGCUCAGGCUCAAAACGCAAACGACGUCAUUACCGGUACGUUUCUUGUGAACCAUAUUUACGCUUCUUGUCUAUUUGAUACCGGCGCCGAUAAGAGUUUUGUGUCGCUAGAAUUCGAGCAAUUGCUUAAGUGUAAACGCUCUAAGUUGCCAAAAUCUUUCGCUGUCGAAGUCGCUAAUGGUAAAUCCGUCACUGUUGAUUCCGUUCUUCCCAAUUGUUCCUUGAUUCUCAACGAUCAUACGUUUUCGAUCAACCUUAUACCUAUGCAAAUGGUUGAUGUUUCUAUUGUUAUGUAUAUUAUUGCAAAACAAAAAAACUAA